GAGUGACUUUUAGGAAAGUGCAAGUGGUUUUCAUAUCAAUAUACUUUUCGCCAAAAGGAGCUGCUGUCCAUUGAUACUUAAUCUAUACACAGUGCAUUGUUUGCAUUAUUCAUCUACAGAAAGCGCUUCUUGAAUUUGGAUUCAGAUAAUCUUUGAUCAUUAGAACCUACUUCCUUUAGCUGGUAUCAGAUCUGCAACAAGGAAGUCUGUCACGAUCAUGAUCUAAGAGACUUGGCUCACCUUGUGGAAGAAUUAACGUUGCGAGUGCUUUCGUUGUGAUCUCACAGAAGAAUCAACUUUCAAUUUUGACUACUAUCGUACAAAAAAGAAAAAAAGAAAGAAAAAAAAAGCGAUGGGAGAGGCUGUUCUUGGGGCAUUCCUCCCGGUGCUGCUUGAGAAGUUGGCGGAUCGAGAGGUCAUUGAGUACUUCGGACGCCUUAAGGGGGUCGACAAAAAGGUGCUGAAGAAAUGGAGAACAACUUUGACUGAAAUUGACGCGGUGCUGAGUGAUGCGGAGGAGAAGCAACUAACAGAAAGACGAGUGAAACUAUGGCUAGAUGAUCUCAGAGAUUUGGCUUACGAUGUUCAAGACAUAUUGGACAUAUUUGAUACUAAAAUGCUGAAGCGAAGGAUAGAAAGACAACAAGGAAGCACAAGUAAGUCAUCGAUCAGCUACCUCUGUAAACCAAAGUUCAAUUUUAGUUUGAACUCAGAGAUCAAGAAGAUAAGUGAUCGACUAGAAGAGAUAACUACUGGAAAAGAGCAAUUUGGUCUGAAGAAACUUGGAGUGUCUACCAAGCCAUGGAAAAUGCCACAAACUACUUCUCAACUAGAAGAACCUGUAAUCGGAAGGGAUGAAGCAAAAACACGUAUUGUUGACAAAUUGCUGUCAAAAGAAGAGCAUUCUACCAGCAGUUUUCAAAAUUUUCAAGUAGUUGCCAUUGUUGGUACGCCUGGUGUCGGAAAGACAACACUUGCUAAACAUGUGUUCAACGACACUGCAACAGAACAGUUUUACCCAAAGGGAUGGGUGUCUGUGUCUGACGAUUUUGACCUUCUAAGGGUGGCAGCAGCAAUUCUUGAAUCUGUCACUUCAGGUGAUGUGAAGGAAUCCAAAGAGCUCAAUUCAGUUCAGGAGAAGUUGAGCAAUAAAUUGGCUGGCAAGAAGUUUUUAAUUGUUCUAGAUGAUGUCUGGAACACAUGUAGUUAUGGUCAAUGGAGAACACUGCAGUCCGCCUUUCGUGUUGGAGCAGCAGGAAGCAAGAUCAUUGUGACGACACGUGAUGCGAACGUUGCAAAGAUGAUGGGAGACACUGAAGCUCAUAACUUGGAGCCGAUGUCAGAAGAUGAUUGUUGGAGAAUCUUUAUGCACCAUGCACCCUUAAACAAUACAACUCAAGAUGUUGAGUUACUGAAGAAGAAAAUUAUAGUAAAAUGCAAUGGAUUGCCGUUGGCUGCAAGGACUCUUGGUGGUUUAUUACGUUCCAAAACAAUAGACGCAUGGGAAGAAAUACUAGACCACGAGAUGUGGAAUCUAGCAGACCGCCAGACGGAUGAUAUCCUUCCAGCAUUGAAAUUGAGCUAUCAUUAUCUCCCUUCACAUUUAAAACGGUGUUUCACGUACUGCUCAAUACUUCCGAAUGAUUAUGAAUUUGGGGAGAUGCAAUUGAUCCUGUUGUGGAUGGCAGAGGGUUUGAUUCUGCAGCAAUCAAAGGAAAAUAAACAAAUGGAAGAUUUGGGCCGUGAAUAUUUUCAAGAGUUGGUGUCUAGGUCAUUAUUUCAAAAGUCAAGCAAAGGAAAGUCUAGGUCAUUAUUUCAAAAGUCAAGCAAAGGAAAGUCACGAUACAUAAUGCAUGACCUCAUCACUGAUUUAGCACGCUGGGCUGCAGGAAAUUCAUGUUCUAGAUUGGAGGAUAUGCAGAAUUUUGACUCACAACUGCCCAAGGUUCGUCAUUCGUCUUACAUUCGUGGUGAGUAUGAUGGGGUUAAAAAGUUUGAGGUCUAUUCUGAAGCUAUACGUUUGCGGACAUUCUUACCACUAUCACUAUCAGAUUAUUACCACUCUGAUUAUCUGGCUCAAAGGGUUACUUCUGAUUUAUUGCCCAAACUCCAAUACUUACGACUGCUCUCUUUGAAUGGAUAUCAAAUAACCGAGCUGCCAAAUACAAUUGGUAAAUUGAAGCAUCUACGGUAUCUUGAUCUUUCUCACACUCUAAUAAGAAGUUUGCCAGACUCAACGACCACUCUUUACAACUUACAAACAUUGAUAUUGGACGGAUGUUCUCGAUUGGAGGCACUACCCACAAGCAUGAGGAAUCUAGUAAAUCUGCGUCACCUCAUCAAUUCGGAUGCAUCUUCAUUGGAAGAAAUGCCUCCUCAGCUUGGUCGAUUGACUAAUCUCCAAACAUUGCCUAAUUUUGUUAUUGGCAAUGGUAGUGGAUCAGGAGUAAGAGAGAUUGGGUCAUUGUUGCGCCUGCAAGGGACAUUGCACCUCUCAAGACUAGAGAAUGUGGCUUAUGUCGAGGAUGCUAGAAGUGCCAGCUUAAAGAGCAAGGAGGGGCUUGAAGCUCUGUUUCUUUCGUGGUCUUCUUCAAGUGACUCAACAGAAAUUGCAAACCAUGUGCUUGACAUGUUACAACCUCAUACCAAACUCAAAGAGCUCACCAUCAAAGGUUAUGCCGGAUUGAAAUUUUCAACAUGGAUUGGAGACCCUUCAUUCUCUAAUAUGGUGCGUGUAAGGUUAGAAGGUUGUCAUCAUUGUCAAUUCUUGCCACCAUUCGGACAGUUGCAUUCUCUCAAAGAACUUUAUAUAGAAAGAAUGGAUGCAGUGGAAAGUGUUGGUAUUGAGUUUUAUGGAGAAGGUAACUUGCCGUUUCAAGCUUUAGAGACCCUUGAGUUUCAGAAUCUGAAAAAUUGGAAGAAGUGGUCUGCUUGCCAACAAAAUGAGGGGGUUGGGGUUUUCUCUUGCCUGAAAAAGCUUUCCAUCAGCGACUGCCCCAAAUUGGAGGGUAGUUUACCGGAGAAGCUUGAUUCAUUAGCACAGCUUCAGAUAUCUGGAUGUGAGGAAUUGGUGGUUUCAAUAUCCAAUUAUAAACAGCUUCAUGAAUCAGACAUCAACAAUUGCAAGAUGGUGGUUUACGACACAAGUCCAGUUCUCUUGGACUUACUAGAGAGGUUGACAUUUUCAAAUGUUUCAGAGCUGAGAUUCGAAAGAGAGGCGUUCAUGAAAAGCUUGAAAAAUGUUAAAGAGUUGAAGAUUACUGGUUGUGAGGAGCUGACAUGUUCCUUUCAGAAUGAGGAUAGAUUACUGCAACAUUUGAUUUCUCUUGGUCGUUUGUGUAUUGAAGACAACUCUGCACUUGUUGAAAAGCUAGGGAAAGAAGCAGAGCAGUUGGUGCAAUUGCAAAUACUGGAUUGCAAGCUUGAACGUCUGGAAUUAAGCAAGUGUGGAAGCCUUUUGAAGGUGCCAGAAGGAUUGCAUCACCUUGCGUCUCUUCAAGUGCUUCACAUAAAGGGAUGUUCAAGUCUUGUUUCUUUUCCGGAUGUUGGUCUGCCACCUUGUCUUAAAGUUUUAGAGAUAUCGGACUGUCCAUCUCUGUUGUUUUUAUUAUGCAAAGGCCAAUUACCCAGGGCUCUUAAACAGCUUUUGAUAAGUAAUUGUAGACAGCUGGAGUCAAUAACUGAGAGGUUCCUCGAUGACACCUGUCAACUCGAACAAAUUGACAUCUCAUCAUGCCCAAACCUUAAAUCCUUACCUGAGGGACUGUGCCACCUCACCAAUCUUCAGUCAUUAUGUAUUGUGUUUUGUCAUAGUCUGGUUUCGUUGCCGAGAAUGAGUGUGUGGCCAAGAAACAUGGUGAUCGUUUCUCACCAGAAAUUGGAGGUGGAACACUUGCUGAGAGACAUGAUGCACACUGAGAUAUUGAUGAUUAAUUACUGUGAAGGUUUGACUACUACUUCCUUCCCCCCCAACCUAACAUCACUUUCAAUUGGGAUGAUCAAGAAUUGUAAGGCGCUGAUGGAAUCUCAAGGGUUGCACAGACUCGCCUCUUUGAGAGAAUUGCAGAUCUACGGUGGUGAAGAUGAUCGAGGUUUGGUGUCCUUUCCACCUGGUGAGAAUUCGAAGGAGAAGGAGAUGCUGCUCCCCAGAUCUCUUGUUGAAUUGAGAAUUGGAGGCUUCCCAAAUCUAAAGAAACUGAGCAAGGGCUUUCAAGUCCUCACCUCUCUUGAGCGUCUUCUCAUCUGGGACUGUCCGAAGCUUACAACCAUUCCAGAGGAGGGCCUGCCUCUUUCACUUACUCAACUUGAGAUUCGCUGCUGUCCUCUACUUGCAGAGAGAUGCAAAGGACGAUACCGGCCCAAGAUAGCACACAUCCCUUGCGUACUAAUUAAGGGCUCCUCGAUCUAGUGGUUUCCAGGUCUGCUUAUGCUCAAAACUGUAGAGCACAUCCUUUUCCUCCUCCACAGAAUAUGAUAUUUGGAUUCUCAAUUCCAGCCUUUCCAUUUGUUAGUUUUGUAUUGUGGAAUGUAGGUUGAUAUUGUGGACUUCAAUGGUUGGCUCGUGUGCGUCAUUUGGCUGGUGCAAAUCCCAUAAUAUUAGUCAUUACUAAGGUUGAUUUACUUCCCAAGGGGACUGAUUUUAAUUGUAUUGGUGAUUGGGUUGUGGAGGCCACCGUAAAGAAGAAGCUUAAAUAAUAUUUGUUUCCUUGGCCAUGCUUUUACUUAUACAUACAGUAUCAAUCUAAAAAGUCUCCCUGGGUGCUUCUUGGCAGUGUUAUGAGUGUUAAUCUGACGGGUUCAAAGUCUAUGGUUGGAGUAGCUGGAGUUGCAUCAGAGAUUCAAAAGGAGAAGAUCGAAGGGGCGGGACGUGUAUGUUAUGUUGAGCUUCUUGGUGGGAAUUCUGGAAGUUUACUUAGUACUGAGGCUCCGCAAAUGUUGGGAAAUCAGCUUUUAUCAGUGCUUUACUGAACUUCUUGUUAAUACUGUGACACCAGAACUGAUGGCGGAAAAGGAUCCAGUUGCUGCAUCGGCGGAAAAGGAUCCAGUUGUUGCAUCAGCGCAAAAGUACAAACCAAUACAAUUUGCUGUUCUUGGAACUACCUUGGGUCCAAUUCAAAUGAACGCUUUCUUAGGAGGAGGGGUAUGCCAUAGUAUCUGUAUUUUUACCAAUGGCCUUUGAGAAUUUAGUAGAGUAAGCUUCUAUUAUUUGCAUAAAUUAUAUGACACAUCGGGAGUUCAUCUCCACCAUAGGCAAACAGCAGUGGUUCAUUCAGAAGACCUACCUUCCCUUGCUCCACAAAGUCAGCUUCGGGGUCAAUCAUAUCAAUACAUUUGCUUCGUAUAUAGUACCAAGAAUAUGAUAUUUGGAUUCUCAAUUCCAGCCUUUCCAGGAGGUUUGUGAUACACUGAUUCGUAGUUAUGUAUAUAUGGAAACAAUACCAGCUCUAUUGAGGCAUGUCAAAGAAACUUAGCUCUCAAAAUGCAAUCCAAUUUGUUACUUAUGUAUCUUGCCAUCACAAUUGCAAUGUUCUGACUUUCAGAGCGUUUCACAUCCUCGAUCCUGUAUUUGAUUUCUUGAUUUAUCUAUUUACAUUGUUUUACCUUUA